UACUCCAUUAACCGCGUCUCUGACGUCACAGAGCGAUUAACGUUUCUUAUUGGUCCCGCGAGCAGAUGGAGGAGUCCUAAUGAGCUGGCUCGCGGAGAGAAAGAGCAAGGUUGACAUCUCGGUUGGACCGUAAACGUGAAAUACCUCGUAUAGCCCGAGCUCCUCCACCACCGCCGUGUUUCCACUUUCCAGACCGUACCGUGGCCGCGGUAGACGGCAGUCUGCCUGGGUUCUCCUUCUCUCCCCCUCCGCCUUCACCUCCUCCUCUUCCUCGCAGCUUCUUCCUCCUCUCCUUGACUUUUUUUUGUUUUUGUUUUUUUUUUGUUUUUUUCCCUGACUGCAUGUUCAGCCACACUGCCUCCCUCUGCAUCUUCACUUCGGCCCCGCCGCAGCUCGGGCGAGCAUGGACAGUCGGGUACUCGAGCAUCCUCACGCCCAGUUCGGAGGCUCCUUGGGCGGGUUGGUGGGGUUCCCGUACCCGCUCGGUCCACAUCACCACCACCACCAUCAUCACCAGCACGUCUACGAGCUCACCAGCGGGCACCAGCUACAGUCCGCGGCCGCCGUCCCCUUCUCUAUAGACGGAUUACUUAACGGCUCCUGCUCGGCCUCGGUGGUCGGCUCCAACCCGCUGCUCUCGUCCGACAGCCAGCAGUUCAAACUCUCAGAUUCUGGGGACCCGGAUAAGGACAGUCCCGGUUGUAAACGGAGACGCACGAGGACCAAUUUCACCGGGUGGCAGCUGGAGGAGCUCGAGAAGGCUUUCAACGAGAGUCACUAUCCGGAUGUGUUCAUGCGGGAGGCGCUCGCGCUCAGGCUUGACCUCGUGGAGUCCAGGGUUCAGGUUUGGUUCCAAAACCGGCGUGCAAAAUGGAGAAAGAAGGAGAACACAAAGAAAGGGCCGGGUCGGCCCGCUCACAACUCCCACCCGACCACGUGCAGUGGCGAGCCCAUGGACCCUGAGGAGAUCGCACGCAGGGAGCAGGAGCGGGCCGAGAAGAAGAAACGGAAACAGGAGAGGAAGCUGCUGAAAUCUCAGAACAAACUUCUCGCAGGUGACAACUUCCACACACCUGGAGGUUCAGAGAGCGACAGCGGGGUCUCCCAGUUCACCGACAGCGAGCAGCAGUCUUCAAGCUGUAAUGGGACUAUUCACAUCGAACUGCCAGCAACAAAGGUUGCAGGAGGACACCAAACUGAAUCCAGCUGUGACCAAACACGACACGAAUUCAGCCAACUACAAAACCACCAAAACCAAAGAACCACAGGAGAACCGGAGCAGGUUUCUCCGAGCAGCACGCACAGCUCCAGCCCUGGAGGCCCUAGAUCCUCUGCCCUGCAGAAACGCAACCCUUUCAGCGUGGAGAGCCUCCUCUCUGACGCCACGCCUCGACGGAAAUCUCAGCUGGACUUCCCCUCAUUGCCCAGUCAGAGGACACUGGUGGGUAAAGGUCACUUCUUGCUUUACCCCAUUACCCAUCAGCCCUUGGGUUUUCUAGUGCCCCAAACAGCCCUGAAGGCCUCACCGUGUCAGGACAAUGGCAUUAACAGGCUCAGCCUGGGACAGAGGUGUCUGCCAAGUGAAGGGAGCCCUGCUCCCUCUGACCUCUCCAGCUUUGUCACUAAGCCUCUAAACUCGGAUCAUACGGAGCCUAGCACGCAGCAUCACCACAAUCACAUUAGCAAUAGAGUGGAUGGAACAGACGUGGAGGAGUGUGGUGGUGGUGGUGGUGGUGGUGACUGCAGUAAUGGAAGAUUUCCUGGUUCUCCUCCGCCGCCAAACAGUGUGGCUCAGACGGCUCUGGCCAGGCUGAGCUCCACACAGCCCAGUGACAGUAGCGAGGAGAGGAGUUUGAAAGUCCGAACGGAGGCAGCGACCAACGGCUGCCAAGUCGCCGAGCUGUGUGUAAAAGACAAGGGUGCAAGAGAGGAGCGAGCGUCUCCAGACCUCUCAGAGCGUCUCAAGGCAAACACAGACUGUCAAGAAACACCCGGAACAGAUGGAGAGGAUGUCGAUAUGGACUAACACUUGCAAGGAGCAAACAUAAACAAAGGACCAGGAACAACGCUCAGACUAUUCAAACAUUCCCAAAGCUCUGCUGAGACACUCUAAAACAUAUCAGGAAUCAGGAGACUUAAUUCUCAUCUAUUUUUUAAUCAUAAUGUGUGAUCAAUCCAGAUGGUCCCCCUUAAAAGAAAGGCUGUGGCUAUCCUCAUAUUCAGGCUUUAGGCCUUAAAACACCUUUUAGAAGCAGGUUCCUUCUCUAUUUUUUUUCUUUUUUGGUGACCGACUUGUAACAGAAAAUAAAACUAGGCUACAAUAAAACAUCUUACACACAACAAAAAUCCUCAUAUUG